AAAGGAGUCUUGUGAAGCCAAGCGAAGCAUUUUGGAGCUUUGGUAAUGGAGAUUGUCUUCGCUGACUGAGAAAUCCAAGAACUAGGUCAAGAGAAGCAAGGGAGAUGGAAGGUGAGGCAUCAGGGGAGGCGCUGCUCCGCCCCUCGUCGGAACAGGCUGUUCGCCCCACCAGUAUGCUGGCGGGAUUGCUUGGCAGGCGGCGUGGCGGAGCUGCGAGGGUGCGGGAAACGGCGGCUCGGCAGCUGGAGGAGCGCCGUGCUGAGUGGGGCUACUCACGGCCGAUUGUUGCCCUAGACAUCGUUUGGAACCUCGCCUUUGCCGCGGCGGCGGCUGCCGUGCUCGCCGCGUCGUUGAGUGAGCGACCGUGUACCCCGCUUCGGGUGUGGGUCGUGGGGUACGCGCUGCAGUGCUCGGUGCAUGUGGUGUUGGUUUAUGCGGAGUACCGGCGAAGGAGGUCGGCGCGGAGGGGGGUUGAGGAUGGAGUGGUGGGGGCUUCGGAGUCGGAGGGGAACGAGAGCGAGGAGGAUGGGGAUGAGUUAUUCGGGGCUAGUGGGGAGCAUCGGUCCAGCAUUGCCAAAAGAUGUGAGUCUUUGAAUACAAUGGCGUCUUUUCUCUGGUGGGUGGUUGGGUUCUAUUGGGUGAUCUCUGGAGGUGAAACUCUCAUGCGAAGCGCUCCUAAACUGUACUGGUUGGCUGUAGUAUUUCUAUCAUUUGAUGUCUUCUUUGCCAUAUUUUGUGUGGCUAUCGCAUUUGUGAUCGGGAUUGCACUCUGCUGCUGCUUGCCUUGCAUUAUUGCAAUCCUGUAUGCUGUGGCUGGCCAGGAAGGAGCAUCAGAUGCAGAUAUAAGUAUUCUUCCAAUGUAUCGAUAUUCUGAGUCUCAUGAGGAUGGAGAAAAGGCAACUCCAGGUACAGGAGCUAUGAUUCCGAUAGCUCCUGGAAGCAUAAGCGGGCAGCGUGUUCUUUCAAGUGAAGAUGCGGAAUGUUGUAUUUGUCUCACAUCUUACGAAGACAAAGUGGAGCUACAUGCGCUUCCCUGCAACCAUCAUUUUCAUUCGGCAUGCAUUGUGAAGUGGCUUCGCAUCAACGCCACAUGCCCGCUUUGUAAGUAUAAUAUCCUCAAGGGCGGUGAUGUGUGAAAACUUUUCAGCCAUCCCGAUAUUCAGUUCAUCUGUUUAUAUUGACUGGAAAAAUCGAAGCAAAGGUCGUACUCUGACAUGCUCUGUGUACAUGAAUGGCUUGUCUUGAGGUUCUGUUUUCUUUCUUGGCAGAUAGAUGCAUUGCUUUGAUGAAUUUUUAGUGUGUGGUCGGUCAAUCUGGUUAAUCAGGUUUUGUUUUAGAUUGAGCUGGUUAUGGCAAAAUGCAAGGUCUAGAACAGGUUUAAAGAAGAAAAAAAAGAAGGGAAAAUAGCAUAUUCUUCGCCAAUGUAUCGUCUAAUUUUCUAUCUAUGUAGAAGUGAGUUAUAUGUAGUCAUUUGGAAGGGUUUUUUUAAUCAUUUUAGCUGGUAAUGUGUUAUCUUGAGUCAUCAAACUAUUUUGAUGUGUUGUAUGCAUAGCUGAAUGAUGGGAUUAAAUAUAAUAUACAUCUAAAUCUCUUUAUUUA